AUGAGGCUUCCAUUCCAUCUUCCAGGUCUCCAACCGGUUGUAUUUGGAGCAGAUGAAGACAUCAAUUAUGUUCUUAACAGGCCAUCUGUCAAGUGUUCUAUGUUUCUGUCUUGGAUGGAAAGGAACAAAGACCCUGAUGACCAUUUGGCGCGUACACUAACUUAUGUCCAGUUUCCAACUUGGUAUGUAUGGAAGACUGAAAACCGUUGUUGGCAACCUCGGAAAAAAGGUAACACAAUUGGCAGAAUUCAUAAUGUUGCUCCAUCUCUUGGAGAAGCUUAUUUUUUAAGAAUCUUGCUCAACAAAGUCAAAGGACCUAAGUCAUAUGACGAUAUCAAAACUGUUAAUGGUCAUGUACAUGAUACAUUUCGAGAUGCGUGUUUUGCACUUGGUCUUUUAGAUGAUGACAAAGAGUACAUCGAAGCAAUUAAAGAAGCAAAUGAAACAGCAACAGCUUCUUACGUACGAAAUUUAUUUGGCAUGAUGCUAUUGUCCAAUACUAUGUCAAGACCGGAGAUCGUAUGGGAAAGCACGUGGAAAUACAUGACAGAUGAUUUCAUCUACAGAUAUAGUAAACUACAUCGUGUUGAAGGUUUAUCAAUUCUAGACGAUGAACUUAAAAAUUACGCUUUGUUGGAAAUUGAAAAGUUUUUAGGUAUGAAUAGCUCAUCGCUACGCAACUUCUCAACAAUGCCUUUUCCAGAUUCUUCUUCCUUAUCUGAUCUCGACAAUCGUCUGAUUAACGAGGAGCGUACUUACGACGUAUUAAGUCUCGCAGAGGAAUAUGUUAAUCUGUUUAAUAUGUUAACUGAAGAACAAAGGUCAGUGUUUGAAGAGAUAAUGAAAUCUGUUGAUGGUAACACUGGAGGGAUGUUUUUUGUUUACGGUUACGGGGGCACCGGGAAAACCUUUUUAUGGAAGACGUUGUCUGCUGCACUUCGGUCAAAAAGAGAAAUUGUAUUAAAUGUUGCUUCGAGUGGAAUUGCAUCGCUGUUAUUGACAGGCGGCAGGACUGCACACUCCAGAUUUCGUAUUCCUUUGAAUCUUAAUGAGGAUUCGGUAUGUCAUAUAAAAGCUGAUAGUGAUGUUGCUAAAUUGUUGCAUCAGACCAAAACUUAUUAUAUGGGAUGA